UGCCUAUAUAAAGGUACCUGUGCAGGAGACUGGCACUAGCCCAGUUUGUGGAGGUGCAGCCUUGCUGGAAUAGUUUGAGGAAGAGCGAUUGCUUCUUUUGGACAAGAUCUGUGAAAGUGUGAGCAUUUAUCCAAGAGGGAUACGUUCUGCUUUCAGCCUGCCUCCAGGUUUGCACGUCUGUUCCGGACGAGGGGGCGGUGGGGUGGCGACACGUCAUAUCAGCCGCCGCGCUCUGAUUGGCUGUCGAUUCUCACCCGACACAGCUGUGAUUGUUUUCUGCAGAGGAAGCUCGUGCCCCUGGAAAACAAGGAGCGGGUCCUGGUUUAAUCAUUUGCCGAGGCGUGAAUGAAUAGGAGUUGAGGUUUAUUCUCUUCGAACCAGACACUGAAUACGUCUGGAGAUCAAGCUCAGAAGUGCCAAAUGCCCAGACUAGAGGACCACUGCUGGAGCUGCUCCUGUGCAUCAAGGGUUGAAACUAAGCAUUCAUCUGGAGCAAACUGGUUAGCAUCUAAAGCUGAAGAAAUGAUGUCCAUCAUCACCUCGGUGCUCAGCAAUGCAUACGGCUCUCUGCACCACGUCCGGACGGCCAACCUGAUCCGCCGGGGUCUCGUCCUCUUCACCGUCGGAGCGUUUCUCGCCCUGGUGCUCAACUUGCUGCAGAUACAGAGACAUGUCACCCUGUUUCCCGAGGAGGUGGUGACAACUUUGUUUUCGUCUGCCUGGUGGAUCCCACCUUGCUGCGGCACAGGAGCCGCUGUUGUCGGCCUGCUGUAUCCCUGCCUCGACAGUCAUUUGGGAGAGCCACACAAGUUCAAGAGGGAGUGGGCCAGCGUCAUGAGGUGCAUCGCAGUGUUCGUUGGUAUCAACCACGCCAGUGUUAAACUUGACUUCGACAACAACGUGCAGCUCUCCCUAACGCUGGCAGCCCUGUCCUUGGGCCUGUGGUGGACAUUCGACCGGUCCAGGAGCGGCUUUGGUUUGGGGAUCACCACUGCCUUCCUAGCUACUGUCAUCACACAGUUGCUGGUCUACAAUGGAGUCUACCAGUUUACGUCACCAGACUUCUUGUAUGUGCGCUCCUGGCUCCCAUGCAUAUUCUUCUCAGGCGGUGUUACUGUGGGAAACAUUGGACGCCAACUUGCAAUGGGCGGUAUCGAGAAACCCCACAUGGACUAAACAACGGAAACGCAGAAAAACAGGCGAAGGACAGCCGAUGUAAAAAUGGACAAGUUAUGUGAAGAACGAGAAGAAUAACAGGAGAAAAAAAAGACUCAUUGUUUUGACUUCAUCCUUUGUUCUCAUAACAAAGUGCGGGUCAGAAAAGCCCCUCAUCUAACGUGCCAUGUCCUCUGCACCUCUCUGUGGCCAAACAACCUCUCCCUCCCACCUCUUUUGUACUCCAUUAGCAUUAUGGCUUCCUUCACACAAGACAGGAGGACGGUGUUUGCCUUUUUUUUUUGUUGUUUUGAAGUGAACUGUUAACUGGUUUUAUUUGCACGCUGGAAGUAUGUAUCUUUCCGCAGUUUAUGGAGUGGAAGCGUGCGUGUAUGCUUUAGCGUGGAUGUAUCCUGGUCUUAGCAGAGAAGACAUGAGGGGGUGCUAUAAUGUCUGUUUUAUUUUUUUAGUCUGAAUAGAAUAUGAUCAUAAAAGGGAAAUGUUGUAUGAGUGGGCAAAAAAAAAAAAAAUUAUCUUCACUCUUGCACAGAAAUGUAUUCAAUGGCCUCAGCUGCAUCACUGAGGCACAGGGGAGAUGUAUGUUCCCAGUCAAACCAAAUUAAGUAUUUAUUUUGUACAUUGACCCCAAACCAAAUGUACUGUAUGUUUGAUAAUGAAUGGCGGAAUAGUUUGACAUUUUGUGAAAUAGCUUUAGAGAGUUAGAUGAGAAGAUUCAUAUCUGUACAGCAAAUAUGUAGCUAAAGCCAGCCGCCGGUUAGCUUAGCUGAGCACAAAGACUGGAAACAGGGGAAACAGCUAGCCUGGCUCUGCUGAAGCUAACAAAAGCCGCAUCCAGCAUCUCUAAAGCUCACUAAUUAAUAUGUCAUAUCUUAUUAGUUUUCGAAUAAGCUAAGCUAACCGGCUGCUGGCGCUAGCUACAUAUUUAUCGUACAGAUUUAAGAGUGGUAUCGAUCUUCUCAUCUAAGUUAAACUAUUCCUUUAAAGUGACUGUGAAACAUAUUCUACAGGAUAGUAGAUGGAAUGAAGAGACAGGAAAUAUGUACAGGAGUGCCAACUACCAAUUUGUACUGGCUGAUAUUCACUUGUAUAUACAAAUGACAUGAGAUAUACUACAAGUGUUAAGAAAUUUGGAGCAGAAAAUGCUAAUUACAUAGGUUCCUCAAUGUAAAUUAGUCAUAUUUACCUGUGAAUAGUAUCAUAUUCACAGCUGUCUGUAAGCACAAAAUAACAUUUUUACUUUUUUGGAAAACUACUCCAGACCUUCAGUACGUUGUUUUGUCGUCCCUGACACGUUUCAGACAAACAGACAGAGGACUAUAGUAGGGAGAAGUUAGACAUCAAAGCAUUAGUUUGAAAGAAAUGCCAGCAUGUGCUCAUUUUAUUUUAUUUUAAUCAGUAGAGUGAGGAAGUCCACCAUGGCGGAGUGUGUUUAGAAAGAAUGUACCAGGAGUAUACUACAACAACUUUUGCUAGCAUCUGUGGUUACUGUUAAACCAGUUUAACACUUCCCAGUGAUUUGUUUUUUCCUUUGUGACCAGGUGUUAAAUGUCUUGGAGAACGGACCUUUGAUUCCCAUCGAGACACUGCAUCAUGGGAUCGUACACAUUUCCCACUUCAAAUUGUAUCUUUAAAGUAGCGCUAAUAGUUUGGGAACAUACACCGGUAGCAGGGGAGGGCAGGACAUUAUUACUUAAGAUUUGCAAUCUGUGAUUGCCUGUGUAUUAUAGAAUGUAGUGCUUUUGUCACUAUAACAGUUUAGUUUUAUCAUUUGUACAAAUAUAAUGACAUUACUGCUUGUAUGUAUAAUGGCUUGCCUAUGUAAUCAGACAGGUAUUAUUACCAUACUAGACCUACAGUAUGUUAGUUAGUGUUUGGGGGUCUAGAGGAUUAAGUGCAAUCAGAGUAAACAUGAGCCGAUCAUUCUUCCUUAUUUAUUCAUAUUUCUGACGAUGGCUGAAAAAAGUAUAACUGGUAAGUAUAUGCAGUGUGGAUACUUCAAAAAAGCAAUAACAUCUUUUUGUCAGAGAUUACAUGCCUUUAGAGUCCAUACCAAUGACUCUCACCAGAGAGACAACAUAAAAAUAUAUAUUGUGUCAAACUGUUGAAAAAAAAAAAAAAAAUGUAGUAGCAUUAUUGAAGGAAACCUGAUUUAUUUUUUUAAAUACUUCUUUGUGGCAGAUCACUUCAGGUUGAAUCUCCUCACAUUCAGGUGUGCUAAACUGAAGAGGAAGCUUUAUUUUUUGAGGUGGUGAAGCACCCUUUGUUUCGGAGUUUCUGUGUGUGUCUGAUAUUUCAGCUGUGUAUCACUUUUGCUACCAUGGAUUUAAGUGAAAAAUAAAAACACCUGACAAGGA